AUCACUUAUUACGUCGCAUCAAAAAAUAUAUACGAAAAUUCACCAGAAGUUUAAAGUUUGAUUCAUCGGCUGAUACACUACGCGGAAGGUUUAGGUAAACUUCGAAAAAACCUCGAACUCUUGAAGACUACGGAUUCGGCGGUGCGGCUAACAAUUCGGCUCGACUGUUUUGACGUGCCGCACCGUGUAUCACAUGUUGCAGCAUCGCGAAAACGUAGUGAAGACCAUUCGAUUCGUGGGGGACGAGGAAUAUCCCGCCUCCAGGUACAUGCGCACUGACUACGUCGUCGGUUGAUUCGCUGGCGCGUCAUUAGCGGCAACCAGCCAGACGUAGCUCUCGAUGGUCAAGAGAGAACGCGGGCGCGAGGUGCCUGACCAAUCGCGAUGUGUCAUCUCUACAAUCCUAAAGUGAUCGUAUCUGAUACGAGAAAGUCCCUCUCUAUAGAAAGAUUUGAGAAUAUGUGGGCUUUUCUUUUUAUAAAAUUCAAUCCUUGCGAAGAUAUCGAUUGGAAAGUACACAUUAUACGAUCGUGCUCCUUGUCACCCGGCUGUUUGGAUCUGCUCGUUAUCAUUAUGUGGCUGGAUUUGUGCUGAUAACAUAGGCCGCGCACAGUUCUUGCCCGGGAUCGGACCUGGUCGUGCGAACCCGAACACCUGUCGACGACCACCAGGUAACGUGACAUCACGUCACGUGAGGAGCGAGCCGGCGAGCUGGCGAACACCGGAUCCACCCCCGACGACCCCGUGACGCGUCCUGACGGUAAUCGGUCUAAUCGACGUCCCGGAGACUUGUGUGCACAGGAAAAUGUGAUGUAAGAGUACUACUAUCUACCAACGUAUCUCGUAUCAAUCCUGAAGGGUUAACGAGCAUUUUCGCACGCGGAAACGCGGACGCUUCUUCCUCGCACGAAAGGGAGGCCGCCUCUCACGCACCGGAUUCGUCGCUGUACACCUCGGAACAGGACGGCAUCUAAAGAAGGCGGAGUCGAAACACACAAAAGUUAAGCAUCGAGUAGACUUUAAUGCCUGCGUUCGACGUGGCAAGCACUACCUUGCGAUUGAAGAAAGAGAAGUACGCUCAUGGAAAUAGGAUAGAGUGCAACUCGGCCCUACGAUGAAAACAUUCGUAAUGAGUCGAGCAGCAGAUACGAAAAAGUACUAAUAAAGAAACGAGAGAAAAAGAGAGAAGUCGCCAGCGAACGACGUACUCCAAGCAAUAGCUAUCACACCAGAGAAAGAGGCGGACAGGGGGCAGGAGGAGAGGAAGGGGACGGAGAGGCUUAAUCAUUUAGACUAUUUGCCCCCGUUGGAGCACGCCAGACCAUCUACAGCCCUUCAGUUCCCAGGCAGUCGGCAAAUUGCGGCUUACCGCGCCGGCACCGGUUUUUAUCCUCGCGCGCACCUCGUCCAGAAUAACAGAUCAACGAAGAAUACUGAAAGAAUGGAAGAAAAGGUCAACGCCAUAGUCGAUGAAAUUCUUGAUGAGGAUGAAGGAAACGAUUUUGAUGCGACGCAAUCUGAAAAUUGUCCAAGAGAUUGCAAAGAACCAGAUGAUACGCCUAAAGAAACAUCCCGGCGGUGCAAGUGCGGCGUGGAGAAUUCAACGAGAUUUUCGCUGCGCGUGUUGGAGGCGAUGCGGUCGUUGCAGCGCGACCUGGAUCAGCCGUCCACGUCCAGCGUCGACGACAUCGUCGAUUACAUCCGGGCGAAUUAUCGCCACGACGGCGACCUUUACGCCCAGGUGCGGACCGUGCUGAGACAGGUCUGUUCUCAAGGAUUCGUCAUGGAAUUAUUGGGUAAUGAGUACCACUUGAUUGGUCCUGUCGUUAGUUCGACAAAGCCGAAUGGCUGUUCCUGGAAUUGCAAAGGUCGUACAACAGUGAUAGACGAUACAUCACGAAAAUGGAAUGGUCUCGAUGAUCGCAGAAACAAUGAAUGCGGUUGCGAGCGAUUUCCUAGGAGAAAUGGACCAUCGCGGGGUUCAAGAUUUAUUGUCGAUCGCGACAAAAAUUCAAUAGGAGAACCGAGAUUUCAUUCAACCGAAAUAGCACCUGAUGAAAGAAAUGAAUUUGAUACUGAAGAAGUAUUAUCCUCUUGUGAUUGUAAUGGUACUUCGGAUAUUCGAGAUGAUCAACGUGACAUCACCAGAAUACGCGAGAUACAACGACGUGAUGAACAGGUAGAGCCGGUUCCUGGACCUUCUAGAGAUUUUGUGAGAUUAGUUUCAGCGAGAAAUGCGAAAGAAGCGCGAUUAGAGGAUCGAAGAGUGCAACGCGCGAUUGAAAAUGACGAAGAUACUACUACGAAGGAGGAGGAAGAUAUAGAUUGCGCUUGCGAUACCAACGGGGUGACCCAGGUUACUCGAAAUGAGCAUUCGAGGAGACGACCUCGCGAUCGUGUUCGCGUAAUCAAGGACCAACGCAAUGGACGUCGUCGCGAAAACGGCGAAGAAGAAGAAGAUGAAGAAAGAGUGGAAGAGGAAGACGAAGACACAGAAGAUAGUGUAUACAGGGAACUGAGGGCGCGAAGUCCUCGCAGGAGGACUACAGCACGCGAACGAGAGUUGAAAAGGUGGAUCCGACGCUGUCGUCAAGAGUGCGAACGACGAAGAAGAGCACGAUAAUCGCAAAUCAAAGUUAAGUGCUCUUUAUAUAUUUCUAAGAACUUGACAAAUUUUGAUCUAAACGAUUAUAAUUUCUUAAUAUGUGCAUGUGUAAGAGUUACUUUUCAUAAAUUUU